AUGGCCUCCAACGAUGCGCAGAAUGGCGUGACGGCGUCUGCCGCACCCAAGAAACUACAGGGCAGACAAUUCUAUGAGAGUAUUGGCAGUCCAAAGUAUAUUGUUGCCCCUAUGGUUGAUAGAUCGGAGUUUGCGUGGCGCAUGCUCACUCGAUCCUUUUUACCUGCGGAAGAACAGAAAUCUUUACUUUCAUACUCCCCUAUGUACCAUGCGCGUCUCUUUGGUGAAAAUCCUCGCAUGCGGUCCCAGCAUUUUCAACCGACCCGAGGAGCGGCUGGUGAAACGACCAAACAAGAUGACCUGUUUCUCGACGGCAACCCGGCCUUUGACCGACCUCUCUUCGUCCAAUUUUGCGCAAACAACCCGGACGAAUUCUUGGAAGCAGCGCGCCAUGCCGCACCCUAUUGUGAUGCCGUGGACCUGAAUCUGGGCUGUCCCCAAGGUAUUGCGCGAAAGGGCCACUACGGUGCUUUCCUCCAGGAAGAUUGGGACUUGAUCUACAAGCUCAUCAAUAAGCUCCACACUGAACUUGACGUGCCGGUCACAGCCAAGUUCCGGAUUCAGGAGACCAAGGAAAAAACUCUGGAGUAUGCGAAGAUGAUUCUUUCCGCAGGCGCAAAUAUUAUUGCGGUACACGGACGCAGACGAGAACAGAAGGGUCAUGAAACAGGAGUUGCAGAUUGGAGCUACAUUCGCUAUCUGCGAGAUAAUCUACCCCCUGACACUGUGAUUUUUGCGAACGGGAAUAUCCUCAACUACGAUGAUAUUGAACGGUGCCUUGAAGCAACGGGCGCCGACGGUGUCAUGAGCGCCGAGGGAAACCUCUCUGAUCCGACUAUCUUCAGUAAGCCACCACCACCCGGCACCGGAGGACGGGAAUACUGGCGCGAUCGCAAUGGAAAAGGUGGUUACCGAAUCGACGCGAUCCUCCGUCGAUACCUCGACAUUAUCUACCAAUACGUUCUUGAGCAACCCGUCCCAGAAAGAAAGCCACUUUUCCUUCCCUCAGACCCGGUAGAUAAGGCAGAAGAAUUCAGUACGGACGAGGUUGAGGGAGAGGAGGAAGGUCCAGCCAAGAAGAAACAAAAACGUGAUAAGAUUAAGAAGCCCAACUCUCCCAGCCUGGGUGUCAUGCAAGGUCAUCUUUUCCAGGUUCUGCGGCCGAUGGUUUCCACUCACACUCAUGUUCGAGAUGCUCUUGCUCAUUCACGACCUGGUGACAUGCCUGCUUUUGAGCGGGUCCUGACUCUUGUGGAGCGAGCAAUCAAGGAUGGUCUGAAAGAGUACGAAGUGAACCCCGAGAAGUUUGAGAGACCUCACGAUCCCACCUUGACUGGGUCAAAGGCUACUAUCGCGGAAUACGGACGUCCAUGGUGGAUUUGCCAGCCGCAUAUUCGACCCUUGCCUGAAGAAGCCCUCGAAUCUGGAGCGUUGCAGCUAAAGGGCAACAAGGACAGCAAGAAGGAGGAGAAGGCCGAGAAAGCAGAGAUACAGAAAGCAACCGAGGCCAAACCCCCGAAUUCUGUGAAUGCUGCGAGUCCCGUUAACGGUGUCACUGAUUCCUCUGCAACCCUGACUCCUGAUAAUCUUGUGAGUGGCUGA